CUUACAAAUACCAUUUCCUCUGCUACAGGUUUACCACAUAGUAAAAAGUGGAGCGUCGUAUGCAAAUACCUUUAAAAACUACGUCAGAAGGCUGAGAAGUUCAAAUAAUGAGAGUUGAGAACGUUAGCUGGAGUUGACAGAAUAGAGCUGCAGCUUUUCGCAAAUGAUGGCACCAGCUAAUUAAGUAGUGUGCAGGUACAUGUUUGUUUUAAGAACAUCGAUAAGAGGAAGCUAGUAUUUGCAUUUGGGAUCUGGUGUUUAUUCUGCUCCAGGAAAGGCUUUGUAAAGAAGGACCUACUGUUGAUUCACUGAGUAACAUCCAGUGUUCUGGCUGGUUUUAUGGAGAGUGAGUUUGGGGGUAAGUUCUAUGAGCUUUUAAGUACUGAUCGCAUCUAGGAUUUUAAAUUUGCAAUGCUUUAUCUCCAGUUUGGCUAAUAAUCUGUCUAGAUCCAGCAAGCCAUCUCAUGUAGUCCUCAAUACUGGAUAUGGCAGACCCUGGAAAAUACUUGUGCAAGUAAGGGACGCGGGUGGUGCUGUGUUCUAAACCACUGAGCCUCUUGGGCUUGCCUAUUGGAAGGUCGGCGGUUCAAAUCUGUACGACAGGGUGAGUUCCCGUUGCUCUGUCUUUGCUUCUGCCAACCUAGCAGUUUGAAAGCAUGCCAGUGCAAGCAAAUAAGUAGGUACCGCUGUGGCGGCAAGUUAAACAGCAUUUCCGUGCACUCUGGCACUCGUCACGGUGUCCCGUUGCUCCAGAAGCGGUUCAGUCAUGCUGGCCACAUGACCCAGAAAGCUGUCUGUGGACAAACGCUGGCUCCCUCAGCCUGAAGCAAGAUGAGCAGCGCACCCCAUAGUCACCUUUGACUGGACUUAGCCGCCCAGGGGUCCUUUAACUAUCAUACUCGUGCAACUCCUCUAUGUGUUUGUGUGCGUGCGCAUAGCAUAGCAUACUUGAAGGUGCAUUUCUUCCUCGGCCUGAGUACAAAGUGUGCUUUGUGUGUGUAUCAGAAGCUGCAUGUACAGCCGUUAUCAGAUGUCUGACACUAUCAGCUUUGAGAGUGAUGCCCAUCUGUUUGUAAGGUGGGGAGUGAGGCACCAUUUAAAGCACAUAGCUUCGCUCAAAGAAUCUGGGGAACUGUAGUUUGUUUAAGGAUGAUGGGAGCUGUAGCUCUGUGAGGGGUAAAUAACGUUCUCAGGAUUCUUUGUGGGAAGUCAUGUGUUUUAAACGUAUGGUGUGUGGGCAGCCUGAACCUAGCCAUCCCAUUCCACCAUCCUGACUGACUUGAGCUGGUAGAAUUAACAAAGAUGAUCUCAGUUGUAGUAGGCAUUGGCAUUUAGACCAUGGUUACUGGCGGUCGCCUGUGCCUAGUUAAAAAGGUAAAGGGACCGUUAGGUCCAGUCGCAGACGACUCUGGGGUUGUGAUGCUCAUCUCGCUUUAUUGGCUGAGGGAGCCGGCGUACAGCUUCCGGGUCAUGUGGCCAGCGUGACUAAGCCGCUUCUGGCGAACCAGAGCAGCGCACGGAAACGCUGUUUACCUUCCUGCUGGAGCGGUACCUAUUUAUCUACUUGCGCUGCGUGCUUUCGAACUACUAGGUUGGCAGGAGCAGGGACCAAGCAACGGGAGCUCACCCCGUUGUGGGGAUUUGAACCGCUGACCUUCUGAUCAGCAAGCCCUAGGCUCUGUGGUUUAACCCACAGCGCCACCUGCAUCCCUUUUCUGUGCCUAGUUAUUCCUGCAUAAAUCCUCUUCAAGGAAAUGACACCCGCCCAUUACCAGAAAGAGCAGUGUUUUGCACUUUCCUCUUUAUGUCUUGACUGAAAAAUGUUUUCCUGUCUUGUUUUGGGGUGCAUUAUGGAAUCACAGAACUGUAGAAUUGGAAGGAACCACAAGAAUAAUCUAGUCCAACCCCCUGCAAUGCAGGAAUCUUUUGCCCAACGUGGGAAUGAAACCCACAACCCUGAGAUUAAGAGUCUCAUGCUCGACCAAGUGAGCCAUGUUAGCUGGUUGUUAUGUAAUCUCAUCUCGGCAGCAAAAAAUACAUUCAAGUUAUACCUUUUCUAUUGUAUAGCUUUUAGGACUACAUAGCGUGUUCACUUAAUACCAUAAUUUUAUUUACUUUUAUUACAUAAGACGGUUGAAUGGCGCCUUGUACGCCUCCUUCCAGCAACUCCUGCAGCCAAGCUGGCACCAAAUGUGUGGCUCUGCUUCCCUUUGGACCACAUCAGCAAGGCUGAGAUGGAGGUCUUGUCAUCCGGGCAGCCCAGGACCUCCAUACACCCUGCCCAGGCUUGCACCCCGAGGAGGUCACUUUGGUGCUGCUAAUGCAGCAGUUUGACUUCACCCCUGGAGGUGCACUCAGUUGUCUCUUGAGACAGACAGAUGCAAAUAACACUUUACUUUUGCACUUCAUAUUAAGCACCUUGAAUGUUGUAGAAAGUAUAAAAACAUAAAAGUCUAUUCAAACAACUUGUAUGAGAACAAAGAGAGCCCUUCUGGAUUAGACUAAGGGUCCAUCAGAUGCAGGAGCCUGUUCCCAACAGUUGGCAAUCAGACCCAUAUGAACUCUGAUUCAUCACUGCUAGUAAUCAGUGCCUGCCCUGUCCUCCAUAAAUUUGUCUCAUGCCUGUUUAAAUCCAUCUAAGUUAGUUGCUGGCACCGUGUUUUGCGGUAACAAGUCCAAAAUAGACCAACUUUAUAAGAAUUGGAUAGGAAUAAUUAUUUUAUGUAAUUUAACACACAUUCCACUUUCCCCUGCCUCCAAGCAGCAAAUGUAAAAGCAACAGAUUUUCAAACGAAGAACAACAGCAGAAAGCAAAAAACGUGAAGAGCAACGCCAAUAAUUAAUACACUGGCACCCUUCGGGAGCAACGGCAGGAAAUAAAUUUAUUUAAUUAUUUAAUUAAAUAAGCAAACAGCAACGGAAUCAACUGAAUAAUUUCAGUUGCCAGAAGAACACCAUUGGAGGCACGAGUUUUCUACAGAUUUGUGGGGGACACAACAACAACAAAAACCCUGUUAUAUCGGUCACCAAUCUUGCCUCAGAAGGCGAUAGACACACAAGAAGGAUUGCAAUACCAAAUCUUAAAGGAUGAGCAGAUUUACAUAUGAGGAGACAGUCCUUCAAGUUUUGCAUUGGGUUUUAUAGGUACUUAUUAUGUAAGUCAGACUUUGCCAGCAGAAUCAUUGGCUCAGGCUGACCAGAGUUGGAAUUCACCUGGGGGCCACCAGUUUGGUGAAGGAAGUCAAAUAUUAAUGGAAUAUUAUUGGAAUAUUAAUGGCCUUUCUCCAUUAUGGAAGUCAAGGCAGCUUACAGGGCAUUCUCAAUGAGUCUCGCAAUGAGGCACUAGUUAAAGAGUCUGCCACGGCUUCUUUUGAAGAAAACAACAAUACUUAGCUAAAGCUAAAGUGGUUUUGAAACACAUCUCAAGGUCACAUCUCUCCUUGUUCAGCAGCAAAUUAAAAAAUAAAUAAAUAAAUCACCAAGCACCGUGUUCCACAACACACUUCAAGGUCACAUUUCAGCUCCUAAACCAUAACAAAAAUAGAAUAAAAUUCUAGCAGCCAGGUUCCAAGGGAACAUAACACACGCAGAGCACCCUCGUACAACGAUGAGCUUAAAAUGUGAAAUGGCAAAUGCUGAGAAUACUGACAAAAAUGCCACAACCUUCCGGGUACCUAUAGCUGAGAGUGGAAUAAUUAGCCUCUUUUUUCAUGAAUCAGAUGCUCAUGAGCUAAGAUGACGUCGGGGAACAUAAGCACUAACCCCUCCCCCACAAAAACAGAAAAUGUUUUACAUGGUUAUGUUGCAAACAAAAAAUAAGAGAAGAAUAGCCCAGUUCUUGCUGUUUUGGUUAUAGAUCUCAUAGAUCUCAUUUCUUUCCUGUUUUGGUUAUAGAUCUCAAACUUACAGCUGGUAGUUUCAAUGAGACGUCAGGCAGAGAGGAAACCAUCUCUGUGUUGCUUUUGCUGUUGUUGCAUCUUCCUUUUCGUCUUUUUCUGUCUUGUUUUUCUUCCCUUUCUAUUCAUUUGCUGCCAGUCGCCUUCUUCGAGUUCUGUGACUUCCUCUUCACUGCCUACUUCUCUCAGAUGUUUGUCUUCAUUUGAUUGUAAUUCCCGUUGAGUUAAUUAUUAUUAUUUUAUUUUAGCUUCCAGUUGUAUGGAGGAGGCAGCUUUAGCUACUCCUUCAUAAUUUAUUAGGUGUUUGAUGGGUAAACCCAUUGGUACCUUCUGCCUGCUUCACUGAGUGCUGUGGCAUAAAAUUUACGUUCACAUCCGCAUCGCAGCAGCAUUUCAAUGGGAGAAUGAAGAACAUAUACUAAUUGACCCAGGUUGAUUAGAGAAGUCCUUAACUAUGAUAUAAUUUAGUUGAUUUUGCAGUAGGACCAAUAUGAAUGCCAAGACUCAAAGCUUUACUGCGGUGCUAUCAAACACACUGGUGUCCUAUUGCAGGGCCACGCCCAGCCUACAUGAGUGGAAGUGGCAAAGGUGGGAUUUGACCCUGCUAAUGGCUCAGAGAAACCAGGUUGGUCUCCUCCACUACUCCUAAGUGUUCAAUCCUUACAGCAACUCUAAUAUUGUAGGUGAGUAUUGUUACCUCCGGGGACGCGGGUGGCGCUGUGGGUUAAACCACAGAGCCUAGGGCUUGCCGAUCAGAUGGUUGGCAGUUCAAAUCCCCGUGACGGGGUGAGCUCCCGUUGCUCGGUCCCUGCUCCUGCCAACCUAGCAGUUUGAAAGCACCUCAAGUGCAAGUAGAUAAAUAGGUACCGCUCGGGCGGGAAGGUAAAUGGCGUUUCCGUGCGCUGCUCUGGUUCGCCAGAAGCAGCUUAGUCAUGCUGGCCACAGGACCCGGAAGCUGUACGCCGGCUCCCUCGGCCAAUAAAGCGAGAUGAGCACCGCAACCCCAGAGUCGGUCACGACUGGACCUAAUGGUCAGGGGUCCCUUUACCUUUACCUUAUUGUUACCUCAUGGGAGAUUGAAAGAAAAUGGAUUCCCUGAUGGAAUGAGCUCAUGGUUCAGAUGGGUUUUGAAUGGGGGUGGGUGGGGGGCACUGACCAAUUGACUCGUUCUUUAAACUAUCAUCCAGUAGCCGACACCUCAAUAGCCUCAUUGUCUCUUUUUUGAAGGAAACUGAACUGAUGGAGACAAGCAGCCUUCAAGCCAACUGUUCUAAUCAAGGGAACACAAGCCUCCCCAUUCCACCUUAUGUGGAACGCUUCCAACUUGCUAUAUACAUUCCCACAUUCAUCCUGGGAUUGCUGUUCAACGGAAUGGCGAUGUGGUUUGCCUGCCGCAAGAUCAGGCAAUGGACAGAACCCAUUAUCUACAUGGCAUCACUGAUGGUUUUUGAUACCUUGAUGCUCUUUGCUCUUCCCUUUAAGAUAAUUUCCUAUCACAAAAGCGAGUGGGACCUCGGGGGUGCCUUUUGCUCCUUCCUGGAAAGCUUAUAUUUUGUGAACAUGUACGGAAGCAUCUUAACCUCCACAUGCAUAUGUGUAGAUAGAUACAUUGCUAUAUUGCACCCAUUUGCCGCCAUGACCCUAAGAUCUCCCAAGAAAGCAGCCACAACUUGUCUUGUCAUUUCAGCUGGGGUGUGGGCAGGAACUGCAUAUACGUAUCAACUUCACCAACAUGGAGGCCCCUGCUUCUAUGGCUUUUCUGGAAGUAUUUGGAAAAACACCAUCUUAUUUAUCACCCUGGAAACAGCUUUUCUUGUUUGCAUGACAGCUAUGAUCUUCUGUACAAUCCGGAUCAUUGUAUGCCUGCGAAGGAACCAAACACCUGGUGAGCCCCUCACAAACAGGAGCAAAUCCAUCAAUAUAAUCACAGCAAACCUGACUACGUUUCUUGUCUGCUUCACCCCUUUGAAUGUGUCCCUGGUGUUAUAUUAUCUUGUGAAGAACCAAAUACUGGAUGAUUGCCGGCAGAUUAUUCGCUCAUUUGUUCAGAUCAGCCUGUGCUGGGCUAAUCUCAACUGCUUCCUAGAUGGUUUCUGCUACUAUUUCAUCUUAAAGGAGUUUAUGAAAUUUGCCUCAACGGAGAAGAAUACACAAGCAAGUACCAUCGACUAAAGUAUUCAGCGAGCAGCCAUUUUGGAUGUGCUGUUGUGAAGCGGAAAUUUCUCCCCUUGAAACAAUUUUGCUGAAGUGUGCUUAAAUUCAUGUCGUAUGUUAAUUAUAAGCUACCUUGAGAAAACUGUGUUUUGAAAAGUGGCAUUUCAGUUCCUAAAUAAAUAAAACAAACUGUGUGAGAGGGACAUCCAGACUUGUGUGCACCAAUUAAAUCACAUUAUGUUCAGAAUUUCCUGUAAAUCAAACCAGGGCCCACAAUGAGGACUGUGGUAAGGUAGCAGUUGUCCCCAAACCCAUACAGCAUUUGAAUUUACAGGCAACUGAUUUUGAGGCAUCUGAUCAAGGCCUGUAUUUUAAAAUGAGCUUAAAAAAUAUAUUUUCAAAUGCUUGUAUGUUUCAUGCCAAGCAUAAAGCAGCUGGCUAAGUACUUUGGCAGUUGUUUAUCUUCUUGCUCUCCUGGACAAGGGCCCCCCUGAUUUAUAGCAGUACCUCAAAGUUGUAAAAGGAAAUUACAGGCUGGGAGCAAAGAUUACAUUGACCCUACAAAUUACAGAAUACAAUCAAGCUGCAAAAACACUAAUUAAGAGUUGGUAAAUAGUAAGAUUUAUUGUUUAACAGAAAAUAAUACUAUGUGCCUCCCAUCAGACUCUAGUCAUAUUUUCCUAAGGUUAAAGGGCAAGAGCUAAUGGGAGAAGCAGCUGGCUGGGAAAGGAGGGUGUAAACUAAAGAGGCUGCUUUUGAAGCUGUUUUACUGAGUUCUUUUUACUUUGAAAAGGCCUUUUCUUCUAAAAAGCUAUCUAUGUUAAUGUAUGAGAUUUGUUGGCUUAAAUGUAAUUAUGCAAAGGAUUUAGAAAGUAAGAAAUGUUAGAUUCUUAUGUUAGAUUCUUAUUCCAUUGAUGGUGUGUGAGAAGGUGAACCCAAGAUCUCUGUUUAAGACAGAAUUUAAAACCAUGAGCCAUCUGUUUUAGCCAUUUGUUUUGGAGUGGAGGGGCAAUAGGGCAAAAGGUGAUCUGGUAAUUAAGGUGCCUGGUCGAGGCAAAUAUAAGAUAUAUGGCUACUUGUCUGCCAUUUAUGGAUAGAAGGAAAUAUAGCUCUUUGUCUCCCAUAAAAGGUAAUAGGAAAUGGGUGUAUCUUUUAUGAUUGGUUCUAGCAAAC